AAGAGGUAGGUGAUCCACCCGGGGCCCCAUCUCAAAAUAUAACCACCGGAUUCUCCCGUUUGGUAGGAAACACCUCCGUCGAGCUGAUCGAUCUCUUUCUCCUCCAUCUUCUUCGUCCUCGUCCGAUCCGGAUAGAGAAGAGAGAUCGUUGGUUGAGCUUCACGGAGAUAGGGUCUAUGGAAACGGAUCAGCAGCGCUCUACACAGCGCUGGGAGCGACUCCGGCGAGCGGCGGAGAGCAACGAGUUCUUGAUAGAGAGAACUGAUACAUGGGACGAUCGGGUGGAGCAUGAUGCAGGUGACGACCUGCUUAUGGAAAGAAGGGAGUCUCUGGUGAAGCGGUGGCGGUGGCUGAAAGCCGUGUCCAUGGUGGUGUUCAGUGGCCGGCCGGCGUACAAGAUGUCGCAGCAAAUAGAGCCUUCACAUCAGCCCACGGAGUCUCAGACUGAUCAUUUACUGGCGGCAGCUAAGACAGAUCUUGGGGUGAACCGUCCACAACCAACGACGACUGCUCAGGUACAAGAUUUGCAAUCUCCACGACACACGACUAAGUUAAGAAGCAAUAAUCCAGUCCCGGAGGUUGUAAUAAUGGAUGUUGAACCAAACCUUCCACGAUCAACAGAAACAGCUCAGUCUUGGCUAUCUCCGCGGCACGCUGCAAAAUCUCCCAAUAAUUCAGUCCCUGAGGUUGUAGUAGAUGUUACAUCGAACCUUCCACGACCAACAGAAACAUCUCAGGUGGUUGAUAAGAUGAAAAAGGAGCAACAGGGGCGUUGCCUCAAAUACUCACAGAAGGCCCUUGGGUUUGCCAUCUGCACGCUCAUCGGAUACGCAAGUGCUGUAUCACUAUCACCCAGCAGCAAUGGCGGCAACGAUGGCAAGAAGGACAACGCGACUUUCAAACUCGCCAUUGCACCCUUCUUCGUUGCCAUCUGCACUGACCUCUUCUCGUUGAAGACGAAGGCGAAGCAGGGCAAUGUCUUGGUCUACCUCUCAUCAUUCCAUCUGAUGCUGAUGAUAUACCUCAUAUUCAUCUCAUUCAACAUGGACUACGCCUACGCCAUCAUCUUCCUUCCUCUAGUGGCUGGUGCCUCCCUCCUCCAACAAAAGAUAUGGCCUGAAGGGCAUCGACAAAGCACCGAUGAAAAAGUCAGUAAAGACCUAGACAGCAUGUUCGACUUGUCUGCUCUUAUCCUCAACUGGAGCACCUUUAUCAGCGCAAUCAUGGCCAUAUUCAGGGACUUGAUUCCUUCUGGGCAAAACCAAUACAUAUCAUUCAGCGCUGUAGGGCUCUUGUUCUUCCUCACUAUCAUUCUAGGGCUCUAUCUGAUGUUGAUCACAACAGUGAGAACUGCGGCACUAAAUCUCCGUGCGAAGUACCUCGAUGUCCUGCUUAUCUGCUUGCUCGUGAGCACUCUAAUCACCGCCUUGAUCACGUUUAUUAAAAAGAAAUAGUAGUGAGCAUCAAAUUCUGUGGCCGAAGCCGGAUGAAAAAGUCCUAUGCAGCCAGGUCGAGGUGUCUUGGAAACAAAUUCCACUUGGUGUGCAUAGAUUGUACAUGUACUAUGGUGAUGAACAAUUUGUUGGUGCCUUGCUACUGCAUAUUGAUGUGUUGCACCUCCCACUCAUGUGCUAGGGAAAGAAAUAGCCCCUGACCCCUUCCCUAUAUGACGACAUAAAUCAUUGCAAAGAGUGGUUGGCGCUAACGUGAAGUAAUGCUCGCUAACCUGCUGAUGAAACUCAUCUCAUUCAAUAGCCCCUGAGGCACUGACCCCUUUACCUAUUUGAUAUAAAUCAUUGCAAAUAAAACUACUGUGUUCCGUA